UAAUCAUAUUGAUCGAAACGAUAAUGAUCAAACGUAAAUCAUCACAUUCAAUCGUUGGUGGUGCGGGAAGCAUUCGCAGUAGAAUCAAUACCAACAGUAGUAUUGGUGGUGAUGAAACACAUAAUAAUAAUAAUAAUAAUAAUGAAGAAGAUGAAGAUGAUAAUGAUAAUAAUGAUUGCCUUUCAUAUUCAAUUCCAUUACCAAUACAAACAUUUUUAUGGCGACAGACAAGUCCAUUUAUAAGACCAAAAUUAAGUAAAUUACAAGAUGCAUCAGCAAUGGAACAACGUGAAGCAUGUAAAUUAUUUGAAAAAGUACUUGUACAAAAUAUACGUUUCGGUCUUUCACCAAGUUUAACAAAAGCAAUUGCUAGUGUUAGCAGAUGGCGAUUGAUUGUAUCAGCUUUACCACAUGUAAUGCAUUGUUGUUCAACAUUAUUAUAUAUACGUCGGAAAAGUUCAUUUGAUAAAUUAUCAGCAUCGGAAACAAAAUUAUUAUAUACAUUACAUUGGAUAUUAUUGGAUGCAGCUGAAGAAUGUGCUGAUGAAGAAUUAGAACGUGGUAUUAAUCGUCAACAAGAACAUUAUAUACUUCCAAUAACAACAAUACAAACAUUUGUUUAUUUAUUUGCACCAUUAAUACCUCAUCUAAAACAAUCAGAUUUUUUAACAUCAUUUCGUUUAGAAAAUGGUUAUAAAAUAUGGAUACCAUUAUUUAAUUAUUGUCAUCCAGAAAUACCAAGCUUUUUAGCACAUGCAAAACAGAAUACAUUUUCAUUAACAAGAAAUGCAGAGAAAAAAUUAGCAAUUCCAAAAUUUGGUGAUGUUUUUAUUGGUUCAUCAACACAAUUAGAUAAAUCUGGUAAUAAUAUUAAUAAUGAUGGUACAAAUGAUAAAAAAUCAACAACAUCUACAACAAAAAUUGAUCGUAAAGAUUCGAAUGAUAUAUUUAAUUUUGGUCAGCCACCGGAUAGUUCUCCAUCGCAUUUAGUCAACGGGUUAAGUGAACAACAACAACAACAAUCAUCAUCAACAACAACUACGACAACAACAACAACAAAAACAGAAGAAUUAAAGAAAAAAUAUGAAUAUCAGAAAAAAGAUUUACCCGAACCAUCAAUGGCAACAUAUUUAGAUGUUGCUGUAUUACGUUGUUUAUUUACAUCACAAUGGAUGGAAGAUGGUAUUGAUUGGGCAUUAAAUUUUCUUUAUUAUCGUUUGGAAUGUAUUGAAAAAAGUCGUCAAAAUCAACAACAAAAACACCAACAACAACAAUUUUAUCGUCAUCGAUCAUAUUCAUUACCAACACCAAGACGACGUCGUUAUCGUGAUUCAACAAUAAUGUUUAAUAUUGGUGGUAUGAUGAUACAAGAAUCCAAACGAAACCGUCCAAAUGUCAAAGAUCAACAUCAUCAUCAUCAACAACAACAACAACAGGAUAAGGAAUCCAAAUUGAAAACAUUUAGAGAUGUUCGUCGUUCAUCAUUUUCUGGACUUCCAGGACUGUCAGGAUUUCAGGCUUUAAUAAGCAGUACUACAUCAAGUGCCUCAUUUGGCAGACAUGGAAGUGAAAAAGUUAAACAUAAAAAAUCAUCAAAAAAUAAAUCCAAUCCAAAUCAAACAACAACAACAUCACCCGUUGAAUCUCAACAACAACAACAACAUUCGUCAACAACAACAACAAAAAUUCCAUAUAAAUUAAUUAAUGCUACAAGUAGCCAUCAUCAUGUGCCAACACCGCCAUCAUCAUCAGCAUCAAAAUCCGAUAUUCAUGUUAAUAGUAAACAUCAUCAUCAUCAUAAAUCUGGUUCAUCAAAAAAUCAUUCCACAACAACAACAACAACAAAUAAAUCGGCUAAACAGACAAUCCGUGAUGUUGUCCUAUCAAAACAUUUACAUUAUCAUCAAAAAUCACAAAAAUCUUCAGCAGCUGUUGUGGUGAAUGAUGAUCCACAGCAACAACGAUCAACAUCAGCAAAUAGUUUUAAAAAACGUAAAAUUUCACUUUCAUCAAUGGAAAAUCGUCUGAUUGAUCGAAAUGAUACAAAAGGAAAAUCAAUGCCAACAUUACAUCUUAUUAAUGAUGAUGAUGAUGAAUUAAUUCAUUUUGGUGGUGAUGGUGAUGAGGAUGAUCAAUAUCCAUCAAUUUAUUUAUCACCUGAACAGGUACGAACACCAAGUCGUACAUCAUUGACUGAAAUCGGUGGUGGUAUAUCAUCUACAAAUGAUCAACAACAACAACAACAACAACUCAAUCAACAACAACAACAAUCGACAACAACAACAACAAAUAUAUUUCCAAUCAUAACAAUAACAGAACAUUCACCUGUUUCAUCGAUAAAAUUUUUUAAUCAAAAUCGUUCAAAUAAUGAUAAUGAUAAUAUCAAUGAUGUUGAUGAUGAUAAUCGAAACAAACGAAAAUCAUCAACAACAACAACAAAACAUAAAUUCUAUAUCGAUGAUGAUGAUAAUGAUAAUAAUGAUGGUAGAAAUAGCCAUGGUGGUGGUAGAUCGGCAACAUUAUUAUUACGUUGUAAAAGUGAUGGACAAAUUGAUUAUACAAUUGAAACAAGUGGUGAAUCACUUGCAUCAAUAAAUUAUGUUAAUAAAAAUGGUCAAAUUAGUUUGGUUAUUGUAUUGAAAGCAAUACAUUCAAUUACAUUAAAAGAUUCUGUUUGUACAAUGCGUGUUUGUAAAAUGAUACAUAAAAUUUUAAAUAAAUUAAUGAGCUUUAAAUUGAUUUCAAAACGUAUUGGUAGCAUCUAUGUUGCCAAAAAAUAUAAAACAUUUAAACCGAAUUGUGAAAAUCCUGAAUUAUCGAUACAUCAUCUGUUUAUGGAUACAUUAUUUCGUAUUAUAAAACAAUUAGGAUGUUCACGUGGUUGUGGUGAAGGUCGUCGUGAAUUGGAAGCAAUUCGUUUAAAAGAAAAUGUUAUGAAAACAUUAAAAUUACUGCAUGAAAUGUCUGAAUUAUUAUUUUUACAAUAUUGUGAAAUGUUGGUUACAAGUCAUCCAAUACAAGAAAUAAUGGAUAUAUUUCAUGCAUUUUUUGGUUUUUGUGCCGAAGGAACAACAUCAUCAUCACAUUUAUCAACAGCAGCAACAAAUAUUCAACAACAACAACAACAUUUAACAGCAACAACAACAACAACAAUUCCAUUGAAAAAAUCACAAUUAAAAAAUGGUUAUUUUAAUAAUUUUGGUGCCGGUUUUUCUACUACCGUCGAUACGAUAAUCGUUAAAUAUACAUUCAAACCAUUCAUAAGUCGUUUAGUUUUUGUACAAAAAGAAUUAAAAGUGCAGGAAAAUAUGUCAUUAUAUUGUGAAGUACGACAAUUUAUAUCCUAUGUUCGUGAAAAUCAUGGUGGAAUAUUUCGAAAUGCUGCACUAAGUGGCCUGAUAGAAAGUACGAAAUUUGUAUUACAAAAUCAACAACAACAGCAACGUGGAUCGCAUCAAAAUACUGAAAUUCCGGGUAAAGAUGAUCCGCAGACAUUAUCGCAACAACAACCAUUACCGCUUUCAUCAUCAUCAACAACAACAAGAGCGGUAAAACAUAAAAAAUGGGGUGCAAAUCGUUCCAAAUCAACAAUGAUGGCUGAUUCUUUAAUUAUUAAUGAUCCGGUAAUUGCACAAUCUGAAUCAUUAAUAUUUCCAAUGGGAAAUACUCAACAACAACAAUCAACAAAUCAAAUGGAAUUGCAAUUAAUAUCAGCAGCGACACCAUCGAUUCCAACAACAACAACAACAACAACAAAUCAAUCGAAAAUUGAUUUUUUCGGUAUCCACAAUGAUCCAACAACUCGAUUACCAUCCGAACAUUCAUCAAUGAUAAUCAAUAAUGAUAAUAAUCAAAUUGAUCAUUAUCAUCCACAGAAUAAUAAUAAUAUUCGAUCAAAUGAUUUUGAUGGUGGUGGUGGUCAAAAUUAUCUUACAAUUACAUCACUUGAUCAACAACAACAACAACAACAAUCACCAUCAACGACGACAACAACAGUGAUGAUUCGUCGUGGAAGUUUUAAUAAACAAACACAACUUAAAGGAUUUACAACGGCAAAUCAAUCAUCAUCUUCAUUUGCAGUUACAAUAACAGCCGGUGCUGCUAUAAAUCAAAAAUCAACAUUUUUUAAAGCAAGAAAACAAUUUAAAAAUGUAUUCGGUGGUGGUGGCAGUGGCAGUGGUGGUGGUAAAAAUAAAAUCAAACAAAAUAGUUUUGAUGAUACACCGGAUUUAUCAAGAAAAAAUUCCCUACAAGAUUUUGAUCGUUUACAACAACAACAACAACAAGAUGUUGUCGGAAUUGGUUCGACAAUCAAUCAAACAAUGAAUACAUACGGUAGUGGUAAAUCGGGAAUAAUGCCUACCAUUAAUAAUAAUAUGAUGGAUAUUCCAAUGAAAAAAACACGUACAAUUUUAUUUGAAAUUCUUAAAGAUGGAAUGUUGAAAUUUCAAUUCUUAUUGGAUACAUGUACACCUGGUUCAAUACCGGAUGCACAAUUAGUUGCGGCAAUGCUGGAUUUAAAAGCACCAGUAUUAUCAAGAGCAGCAUUCUUAUUGGAAUGUUGUCAUUUUGUACAUCGUUGUAAUCGUGGACAAUGGCCCGGUUGGAUGAAAAUGAAUUUUAAUUUUUUUCGUCCUUCAGGUCCAAGACAUGGUUCACAAACAGUUGUCAGAAGUCGUGCAUCAACUACAUUACAAAAAUAUGCUGGUCGUUGUUUUUAUCAAUGGGGUGAAUUAUUAUCAUCACGUUUAGAAGAUAUUCUGCAGAAUGAUAUCGAUAUGAUGCAAUCUGCCGCAAUUGCUGAUAGUGAUGGAAAUCAACAACAGCAACAACAACAACAACCGGAUGAAGAUGAUUUUCUAACAGUUUCUUGUACGGAUAGUAAAGAAGGUAAUUGUCCGUUUGCAUUGAAAAUCAUUGCCUGUCAAUUAUUGUACGAAAUAACAACAUAUUUACGUGAAACACAUCAAUAUUUAUUGACACAAAAUUCACGUCGAACAUCGAUGGUUAUGAAUCCAACAGCAAUGCAAACAGCAGUUGCAUCGGUUAAAGAUAAACUUUCGGUUGAACCAUUAGCAAGGCCAUUAGCUAUGCAUCAAAAUCGUCGUUGGUCAAUGGCAUUAAGCACUGGAACAUUUAAUAAUUCUGCACAUAGUUUAAUGUCAUUAUCAAAUUUUCCUGGUGGCCAAUUACAACAUCAUAUGGAAUCACAACAUCAUAUAUUACCAUCAACAAAUGAUAGACGUAUUAGUUUUGUACUACAUGAAGCAGCUGAAAAUGAAAAUGAUUCAAAUAGUUUAAUCGGUUCAAAUGAAGAUAUUAUGAUGAUGCAACAAAAUAAUGAUCGAAAACGUUUAUCACAAGUUGGUUCAACUAAUUUAAGUACAUGGGGUGGUAGUGGUGUACGUAGCGGAAGUGGUCAUCAUGAAAGUUUUCGUCGUCGUUCAAUUAAAUUGAAAAAAAAUGAUAGUGGAAGUGGAAGUGGUGGUGGUGGUGGUAGCGGUAGUAGUAAAAAACAACCAAAAAUUCGUUCAUCAACAUUAGUUGAAGAUGAUUAUAAAACAUCAUUAUUUAAACGUUCAAAUUCAUUACGUUCAAAACGUAAAGUAAGUGCUGCAUCAGAAAAAUCAGAUACAUCGGAAAGAUUUUCCGGUGAAGAAUCACCUGGACUAUUUUCGGAAGAAGGACAUAGUUUUGAAUCAGCAUUACUUGAUAAUAUAAAUAUUGAUACAAAUGAUAUUGAUAUGGUGGAAAAUAUACCAUGGCUAAAAAUAACAACAUUAUUUUCAUCAUUAAUUAAUUUUGAUUGUAAUCAUCAUCAACAACAAAAAUGUUUAAAUAAUUGUCAUAAAAAAAUUAUACAAUCAGCAUCAUUCCUGACGAAAGAAGUACAAAGAAUUUAUGAAAAAGAUGUACAACCAUUAUUUGAUUUUGAUAUGAUGACACAAAAAUUAUUAGAUGAUAAAGAAGAUGUUGCUAAAAAAGAGAAAAAAUUGAAAAAAAUUUUAAUGGGACAUACAUCACCGUUGAAACGAAAAGUAUCAGGUUUUCAAAUGGAUAAAUAUUUGGAUCGUGAUAGUAGCCAUGGACAUAGUGGGGGUGUUUAUAAUAGUCAAACAGGUCUUGCACAUUCAGCAAUCGAUCUUGAAUAUGGCCUAUAUGAAAGUGAAGAUCCACGAUUAAUAUUUCAUGAUGUGCUAAGUUAUCGUUUGGAAAGUAAACAAGAAGAAAAUACAACAAUGUUGUAUAUAUUGAAUCAGGUUAAAAAUCCAUUUCAUUCAAUCAUAUCGAUGAUGCUUAAAAGUGCAUUAAUAUUAAAUCGUAAUCAAUUUGAAUAUUUAUUAAAUCUUUCAUGGAAUUUAAUAUUGGAUGAUGAUAUACAAAUAUCAUCAUCAGCAUCAGUUGCCAUAAUUGUUUGUUCAUUAAAAUGUCCAGAUAUUGUUAUAAAUUUAUUGAAUCAAAAUCUAAAUCAUCAAAAUGUUGAUAUACGUGUUAGUGCUAUAAAUAAAUUUCUGAAAAUUUGGUGUAAUCGUCAUCAAUGUUGGCAACGAUUAGAAGAAGGUGCACAUUUAGUUUUAAAAUUACCACCGGCUGCAAUUGAAUUUACAUUACCAUCACCAAGAAUUGCUGUUGAAUGUAAACCGGUAGUUGAUCCACCAUAUAUGCCUAUUGUUAAAACAAAAGUUGAUGAAGUUGCCAUUAAUCAAGAACCAACAAUACAAAAAUCAUUUGUUGCUGCAACAAAAACACGUCGUAAACAACAAAUAGAAUUAAUAUCAAAAGCAUUACAAGAUCAAGAAGAUAAAUUAAGAGAAGAAAGAGAAAAUUAUCGUUUUAAUAGCGUUCCGGUUACAUUACAGGCUGCAUAUGAACCAGUAUUAUAUCAUACAAUUGAUGAUCAUGAUGAUCAAGAAGAUGAUGUUGAACGUAUACCAUUACAUCAUUUACAAGUGGCACAAUGUUUUUUUCCAUCCAGUUUAACAACAGCAUCAUUUUUAAUUGUUAAUCUAUUGGAAGAUACACAAAUGAAUACCGAUGGACAAGCUGUAUAUGAUGUUGCAUAUAAAACUAUUUGGCAUUGUUUAAGUGAAGAUUCAGCAUUAUUCUUAAGAAAUUUAUUGGAAAAAUUAACACGUGAAAAGAAAAAUGUUGUCAUACAAACUAUUCGUCGAUUAAUACGUUUCGUUCCAAGAUUACCGGCACAAGCUGCAUUUACAUUAUAUAAUUAUCUGAUUGGUUUUAUUAUGUAUCAUGUACGAACACCAACUGAAGAUUCACAAUCAAUUAUAGCAUCAGUUAUGUCUAUACUGUGGUUAAUUGUACCGAAUGUUUUUGGUUUAUUUCUUAAAGAUUUAAAACAAAUUCUUCGUAAAGAACAAUGCGAUGCAACCAUAUUGAUCACUGCCAAUGUACCAAGUGCCAAAAAAAUUAUCGUUCAUGGACCGGAUCCAGGUUCAAUUCCAUCACAAUUUCCCGUACAUGAAGAUACACAAUUUUCACAAAUACUUACAGAUAGUUUGGAUUUUUUCGGUAUUGAUGAAUCAAAACAUAAUGAAUAUUUUUUGGUCGAUACAAAAACCAAUCAGAUUCAUAAUCUGAAUGCAUUUGUACGGGAUUUUUAUUUCUUUAAACGAUCACAAUAUCCACAAAUAUCAUUGGUACAUAUGAAUCCGAUUGAUGCAUAUGAUAAAUUUCAACGACAAGCAUUUACUUUACAGUUUACUGAAUUGGGAAAGUGUUUAAUGUCUUUAUCAUUGAUAAAAACAUCUUAUAUGGGUAUACAACGUGUACUAUUUUUACAUGAAGAACUAAUGAAAUUACCAUCAUUUCCACGUAAAGCAUUGGAAACAAAUUUAACAUUAUAUACAGGUCCAAUGGGUCGUGAAGUAUUAGGCUUGGAUACAUUACAUAAAAUUUCAUGGGUUAAAUUGGUUGCAAGAAUGUUUGAAGCAACAUCCGGAUUUUUUGCCGAUUCAACCGAUAUUCAUCUAUUUUUAAAUGUUGUUAAUGGAACAUUAUUACUGCAUUGUGAAGAUGCAACAAUUCUAAGAUUAUGUAUGGCAACCUAUAUAAAUGCUGCUCAUCAAUUUAAAAAUAUAUUCGCUACAAAUGGUUAUUUGCUCAUUGUACAGACUAUCGUUCAGAUUUAUGGUACACAUCAAACAAAUUCAUUACUAUGUCGUACGAUUGAAUUUGUAUUCAAACAAUUUUAUAUACUACAUUCAAAACCAUUUGUAUUACAAAUGUUUGGUGCUGUUGCACCAUUAUUGGAUGCAGAUUUUUUAAAUAAAUAUGAAUCAUCAUCAUCAUCAUCAUCAUGUCAAAUAUCAUCAAAAGCAUUUUUUCAAUUAUUACAAUCAUUAGGACAAUAUACAGCCGACCCGUUAGAUAUAUUGGAAUUAGUUGAUGCUGAAAAACCAUUAAAAGCAUUAGAUUUUUGUUAUCAAAUGGAUUCAGAAACAUUAACAGUAUUGGAUUCAAUAUCAUUAUGUGUUACGGUUAUAUCAUAUGCACCUGAUUCUGAACGUGGUCAUCAAAUGUUAACAAUACUUGAUUCAAUAUUACCAUUUCAUUUAAUGCAUAUGCAAAUAUUAACAACAAAAAAAGAAACACCCGGUGGACCACGUGCCGAAUUAUCAAUGAUACAUAAUAUUUCUGUUUGUAUUAAAACAUUAAUCUAUAAUUGUGAAGCAUUGACCAGAAACUUUACCGGACCACAACGUACAUUGGAUAUUCGUGAAACAAGUGUCAAAAAUCUAUCGCCACACAUUGAAAUUGAUGAAGAUAGCCAUUCAAAAUACAAUGCUGAAACUUAUUAUCCACCACGUCAUAAUCGUAUUGAAUUAGAUGAUGGUGAACUUUGUCGGCUAGAAUUUCGUAAACCGCGUGAUUUAUUAUUGAAAAUUGUUUCGGAAUUUCUGACAAAAAGUACAUCAAGAUUUGCUGAAUUAAGUAAAAAAAUUGCCGAAAUUCAUCAGAAAAAUUCUAGUUAUGAAUUAUUAGAUGUUAAAUGUCAUAUUCGUUUAGCUGAAAUUGCACAUAGUUUAUUGAAAUUAGCACCAUAUGAUCCACAAACAAUGGCCUGUAAAGGUUUAGUUCGUUAUAUGAAUGAAAUUCUACCGAAUUCAGAAUGGCGACAAGAAUCAAUGCGUCCAGCAUUGAUUAUGGUACUGCGACGAUUAGAUAAAACAUUUACAAAAAUAUCAAAAAAAUCGGCAAUUAAACGUACAACGGAUUGGGAAGCAGCAAGACGGUUAUUGAAAGGUGUUUAUUUGACAUUCGCUAAACAUCCUUAUAUUGUACAUCUACCUCAUUUAAAAUCAUUGAUAAAUGUUUGCCAGAAUAUAAUUAUCGGUGAUCAAACAUCAUAUUUUCUUUCGGAAUCAUCAUCCGCUGUAUCAUCAUGGACGGCUGCAUUAACACAAGCACCACCACCAGGAUUUACAUCAGUUGCAGUACGAUUAAUAUCAUUACAAAUGAUACAAUUAGGUGAUUCACAAUCAUUAGAAACAAUAUGUUCAGGUGCAUUUUCAUCACCAGAAAAAAGUGAAAUAUAUUUAAUGAAUAUGAUUUAUCCAAUGUGUAUACGUACAACAAGUGGAAUGAAAGAUACACCAAAAUUUCGUCUUUGUGAUAUUAAUUUUGUACUAAGUGUUAUAUUGAAUAUUUUAAAACCAUCAAAUUCAAAUAAACCAACAAAAGGUAGUGAUUCAUCACAAGCAGGUGUACAAUUGAAACAAUUUUCCCUGCAACAAAUUGGUUUUCUUGGAUUAAAAAUCCUAAUUACUUGUUUUGAAAAACAAUUAAAUACUGAAUGGUAUCAUAUUGCAAAAUGUAUACGUGAUUUAGCCGAUAAACCACAUCUAAUUGGUUCAACAUUUUGGAAUUUUAUUGAUUUCAUUUCAACAUAUCGUUCACCGUUAUUUGUACUAAUGUUACCUUAUAUUGAAUGUAAAUAUUUACAGAAAAAUUGUGAAAAUGGUAUUGAAAAAGCUUAUCAAUUAAGAAUACAAGAAAAAUUAAAUGGUUGUGGUUUACCAUUUAAUCGUUCAAAAGGUAAUCUUUAUGUAUCAUUAGUAAAUGAAAUGAAAUCAUUACGUGAAGAUAUUAUACGAAGGAAAAAUAAUCCAAAUUUAGAUGAAAGAAGUAAAUCAAUUGUACAAGAACAGAAUAGUGCAAGUGAUAGACAACAAGAACAAAGUGGUGGUGGUGGUGGUGGUCAAGGUGGUCAUCGAUUAAGUUUUGCAUUUUCACAAUUAGCUGCAAGUGCAUCAAAAUUAUCGAAUAUUAGUACAACAAUGCAACCAAAUGCAACUGGUGCGGCUGCUGGUACAACCGUUGGUCAACAACAACCGCAAGGAUCACAACAACAACAACAACAUGGUGAACAUUCAAUAAAUUCACCAACGACAACAACAACAUCAUCAUCAAUGAAACCAAGAGUAUUACGUGGAUUAAGUUUUCGUUUAAGUUCGGAUUCUCGACGUUUAGCACAACGUGGUUUAAGUGUAAAAUUAGCAUCAAAUCAAUCGGAUAAACGAAUGUUUACACGUCGUACAAGUUAUCCAGAUCAUCCAGAUUUUGAUGAAUCAGGUGAUAUUAAACAUCCAUCCGGUUCAGAACCAAAACUAUUUCGAAAAAUGACAUUAAGUUCAUCCAGAACAAAUAAAACAAAUCAUAAAUCAUCAAUAUCAUCAAGCGGUGAAGCAUUAACGGAAAAUAUUCCACCCGCACCACAAUCAAUGAGCUCAAUAACAUCAUCAUCAUCAACAACAGCAUCGAAUGUUCCAAUUCGAAAAGAAACAUCAUUUACAUUAACAACAACAACAACAACGACGACAAAUAAAGAAGAAAUAAAACAACAACAACAACAACAACAAAGAUUACAGCGUCAACAACAACAACAACAAAAAUCAUCGACAAAAAAAUCAUUUAGAUUUAAAAGUUGUAGUUCAGUAUCAUCAUCAGAUGAUCAUUCAUCAUCAACAACAACAAAAUCGUUAGAAAAUUCUACAUCUGAUGGACAUGAUUAUAAACCACCACCACCACCAACAUCAAUUUUAAAAUCAUCAAUAAAAUCAGCAUCUUGUGAUAAUGAACAACAACAAAAACAUCAACAACAACAACAACAAUCGUUGACAAAAUCAUUAUCGGCCAAUCAAUCAAUGAAAAUUACACCAUUUUGAAUAAUGGCAACCGAUUUAAGUGAUGUUAUAAAACAAGGUUAUAUGAAAUGUAAAAGUCGUUCAUUAGGUUUAUGGCAAAAACGUUGGAUCAUUUUACGUCGACAAUCAACAAAAGGACCAUGUCGUUUAGAAAAAUAUCUAAAUGAAUAUUCAGCAAGAAAUAUUGAUCAUCAUCAUCACCAUCAACAUAAAAUACAAUUAUUAACAAAUGUUAUAUCGAUUGAUCGUCUUUCGAAUUCACAAAAACGUCAUGCAUUUGAAAUUGAUUUUAAUGAUGGUUCAGCAAAAUAUUUUGCAUGUGAUUCCGAUCUUGAAGCUGAUCAAUGGAUAAAAUUAAUGAUACAAGAAUGUUUUCUACCUGAAUCUGGUAUUUCAAAUGGUGAACCUGAUGUACUGAAACCUGGAAUACAAAAAGAAUUACAAGAACAAUUUAAAGUUUAUUUAAUGCCAAGUUCAAAAUUAGAUAUAUUUGGUGAAUGUUUUCUACAGGUAACCCAUGAAAAUAUUUAUCUAUGGGAUUGUGUAAAUACUAAACAAAAAUUAUGUGCAUGGCCAUUGACCGCACUUCGUCGUUAUGGUUCGGAUCUAACAAAAUUUACAUUCGAAGCUGGACGACAUUGUGCAACCGGUGAAGGAAUGUUUAUAUUUCAUACAUUAGAAGGUGAAAAAAUUUAUCGUAAAGUACAUCAGGCAACAUUGACCAUUGCUGAAGCACAUCAACGAAUGAAAAAACAACAACAACAACAACAAACAUCAUCAUCAUCACCAAUGAAAAAAUUACAAAAAAAUGAUCAAACUACUAGUCUUCUUUCCAAAUAUAAUGAUGAUGAUGAUAAUGAAGAUGAUGAUAUCGAUUUUGAAUUUAAUCAACAACAACAACAAAGAUUAUCGACAACAACAACAAAUAAUAAUAAUGGUUUGGCAGAUUGGUAUCAUUCGGAUAAUGAUUCAAUACAUUCAUCAUCGACAACAUUACAAAGUCAACUAUAUCAACAACAUCAUCGUCAUCGUCAUGAUCAUACCAAUAUGGCCAUGGGUCUUGAAGUUUAGAAUAAAAUUAUCAUCAAAGAAUGAAACCAGAUGAUAUUUGUGAUAGAAAAUUUGGUGGAGCGAAAAUUUUUUCUGGCUGAAAAACAAAAAACAAAC